AUAAAAAAUUAAAUGUCGGCUUUUUGGCGCCGGGUCCUCAGCAUGGCAGCCUCCAGGGUUGAGGGCUGGGGAGCUGCCACACCCUCGUUUUGCUGACCGUCCCUGGAGUCUCUGUUCUUCUUGUCUUUCCUGGGCCACCCUAGCAGACAUGUUCGCUAAGGCCUUUCGGGUCAAGUCCAACACGGCCAUCAAGGGAUCGGACAGAAGAAAACUUCGGGCGGAUGUGACAGCUGCUUUUCCCACCCUUGGAACAGAUCGGGUCUCUGAGUUGAUCCCUGGAAAGGAAGAGCUAAACGUCGUGAAGGUGUAUGCUCACAAAGGGGAUGCAGUGACUGUGUACAUGAUUGGUGGUAACCCCAUCCUGUUUGAACUGGAGAAAAAUUUGUACCCAACAGUGUACACACUGUGGUCCUAUCCUGAUCUCCUACCAGCCUUUACAACAUGGCCUCUGGUACUGGAAAAACUGGUCGGGGGAGCAGAUUUGAUGCUGCCAGGGGUAGUGGUGCCCCGUACUGGUCUGCCCCAGGUACAGCAAGGCGACCUCUGUGCCAUUGCCUUGGUGGGGAACAGAGCUCCUGUAGCAAUUGGAGUGGCUGCCAUGUCCACACCUCAGAUGCUGGCUUCAGGCCUGAAGGGAAAGGGCUUCUCUGUGCUCCACACUUAUCAGGAUCACUUGUGGAAAUCUGGAGACAAGUCCUCUCCACCUGCCAUUGCCCCAUUGGCAGUGAAUCCCACAGAUAGCAAUGAAGAGAAGGUGGACCUUGGUCUGCAUGGAAACCUGAGCAGCCUGACCCUGGAGGGAGAGGAGGAGAAUAGGAAGGUUCAUCACCCAGAAGCCUCUGAAGACACCAGUUCCGGAGCCCUGAGCCAGGAUUCCCAGGAUGGCAAGCCCCUUCAAGAGCAAAUGGAUGAGCUGUUACAUCAAUGCUUCCUGCAUGCCCUGAAGAGUCGAGUCAAAAAAGCUGACCUCCCUUUGCUCACCAGCACUCUCCUUGGCAGUCACAUGUUCUCUUGCUGCCCCGAAGGACAGCAGCUGGAUAUAAAGAAGUCAAGCUAUAAAAAGCUCUCUAAGUUUCUGCAGCACAUGCAGCAGGAACAGAUUGUCCAGGUCAAGGAGCUGAGCAAAGGGGUGGAGAGCAUUGUGGCUGUGGACUGGAGGCACCCGAGGAUCACAUCCUUUGUCAUCCCCGAGCCUUCCCUGACUUCCCAGACUGUCCAGGAGGGUAGCAGGGAACAGCCCUAUCACCCUCCAGAUAUAAAAUCCCUCUACUGUGUCCCAGCCAACAUGACCCAGCUCUUCCAGGAGUCUGGCCACAAGAAGGGGAGCACCCUUGAGGGCGGUGAGGUCCGCAGGAUCAUCAUUGACUAUGCCAAGAGGAACAGCCUGGUGGAUGCAGACAACAGGAAUCUGGUGAAAUUGGAUCCUAUUUUAUGUGACUGCAUCUUAGAGAAAAAUGAACAGCACUCGGUCAUGAGGCUUCCGUGGGACUGUCUCCUGACCAGGUGUUUGCAAAAUAUGCAGCCUGCCUACCAAGUGACGUUUCCUGGACAGGAGCCCAUUCUGAAGAAAGGGAAACUCAGUCCGAUUGACAUCACCCUUGCCCAGAAGGCUUAUAAUAAAAAGGUGACUGUGGUCCGGAACUUGGAGAUCUAUGGUCUUGAUCCGUGCUCGGUGGCCACCACUCUCCAGCAGCGAUGUCAGGCCAGCACCAUCGUCUCUCCUGCCCCUGGGGCCAAAGACAGUGUGCAGGUGCAGAUCCAAGGAAACCAGAUCCACCACCUUGGCCAGCUGUUGCUUGAAGAGUAUCGGCUCCCGGGAAAAUACAUCCAAGGCCUAGAAAAGGCCCCCAAACCUGGCAAGAAGUGACAGACCCAUUUUAUGCAGUGGAUCCCAUGGGAACUCAGGUUCUGAGCUGGUAAUUGAUAUAAGCAUUUUCAACUUUUGCAAAUAAAAACUGUAAUUCUUUUAA